CAUGAAAACUCGUGGGCGAGGAGAGAGAGAGGGAGAGAGUCAACCUGCGGAUACAAGCGAGCACUCGUCACAUUCAAGAGCUGUGGCGGCCACGGUCGUCCCGCGCGUGCCAUUAUUAUGUGACUGCUGACGCGAGGAAGAAGAAGACGAAGAACAGAUUUGAAACCCCCCGCCGCUGCCAUGUUGUCUUCGCGCAUCGUUGUUGUUUUUGUCGCGGCGACCUGUUGCUGUCACCUCAUGGUUCCCGUGUUGCUUCUGUGCUACCUGCCUCACGUCCUCGCCGGUCACAACAAGCCGGCCAGCAGGUGGCUAAUUGGCGACAGAGACAACCACUGCGGCGGCGCUUGCACGCGACCGCAGGCCAAGCCAGUGUGCGGCUCGGAUGGACGGAGCUACGAGAACGGAUGCGAGCUGCAGAGGGCGCGCUGCAAAGACAAGACGCUGACGCUGGCGCACCGCGGCCGCUGUCGAGGAAGAAACUGGGCGAAAGUCGAGCAGUCAGCGGUGGCGCUCCCACCUACGCCGCCAUCUCUGAGCGGGGACGCGGUGCAAACAGAUGAGGGUCAGUCCAAGUGUCGCGUGGAGAGGAGCCAGGCUUUGGGGCAAGCCCGGAGACCACAAGAAUCCAUGUUUGUUCCCGAAUGCAACGAGGAUGGCUCGUUUGCGCAGGUGCAGUGUCACACUCUGACAGGCUACUGCUGGUGCGUCACCACCGACGGAAAGCCAGUGAGCGGCUCCUCGGUGCACAACAGGACUCCGGUGUGUUCAGGAAACUUCCAUGAGUUUUUGGGAACACACGCCGGGACGAGCGCAUUGACAGGGUCCGUGACCGACAGACCUCCUGGGCCGGCAAACUCCGGGCGAAAAGACGACGGCUCCAAGCCUACGGCCACCGUGGAGACCCUCGUCCCCGCCGAAGGCGACGAGGUAACCGCCCCCACGCUGUGGAUCAAGCAGUUGGUUUACAAGGAGAACAAGCAGAACAGCUCCACAUCCAGGAAGCAAGAGAAAGUUCCUUCUUGCGACCAGGAGCGACAGAGCGCCCUUGACGAGGCCCGGCAGAACCCCCGUGAGGCCGUCUUCAUCCCCGACUGCGGGUCCGGCGGCCUGUACAAGGCCGUCCAGUGCCACCAGUCCACCGGCUACUGCUGGUGCGUGCUGGUUGACACCGGACGACCCAUUCCGGGGACCUCCACCAGGUACCAGACGCCAGAAUGUGACGGCGCCGCACGUUCUCGCAGCUCCGACACCGAAGAUCUGUUCCAGGGCCGAGACCUGACAGGUUGCCCCGAGGGGAAAAAAGUUGAAUUCAUUACGAGCCUGUUAGACGCCCUGACCACAGACAUGGUUCAAGCCAUAAACUCACCGGCGCCCUCUGAUGGCGGGAGGUUCGUGGAGCCGGACCCCAGCCACACACUGGAGGAGCGGGUGGUGCACUGGUAUUUCGCCCAGCUGGACGCCAACGGCAGCCAGGACGUCGGCAAGAAGGAACUGAAGCCUUUCAAAAGGUACCUGAAGAAGAAGGCCAAGCCCAAGAAGUGCGCCCGCAAGUUCAUCGACUACUGCGACCUGAACAAGGACAAGGCCAUCUCGCUGCACGAGCUCAAGGGCUGCCUAGGAGUCGGCAAGGACGGUGGUUCAACAGCCGGCAGCAACUACGGGAACGCAGUCUCCUUCUUCCGAUCUGUCUGA